UAUAUACAAGUGGAAUAUCAAAACAUAUGAUGAUGAAGUGACAAUUUUGUAAGAAUCAAAUUUGUUAAUACAUACUUGCAAGCUGUAUUCUCACAAAUCUCUUAUUAUCUGUAGUGACACGCAAAAGAACAAUAAAACGUCAGAAGCAUAACGUUAUACAACAUUCACCUCUUAAAGAAGGAUACUUAACAAUUCAUUCUAAUUUGGAAAUGUAUAUACACAACAUGCAUAAAUACUUUUUAAGAUAUUUCAUACAUGGAUAUUGUAUGAAUAAAAACUACUAGCUAUUACAUCAUCCACUAAAUACAAAUAUUUAAAAUGCCACAAGUGGAUGGUGCUACAAUACCAAUAACAAAUAAUCAGAACAGUGCAGCUGUACAUAAUCGUAAUACAAGUAGUUCAACUGAAUCAGCCUUAAAUAAUAACAAUAUGAAUACUACGAGGAAUAACAAUAAUCAGAACCCAUUAGUUAAUGUAAGGGAUAGAUUGUUUCAUGCACUAUUUAUUAGGGCUGCAUUAACUUAUGCAAGAACAUUUCCAAGGCCUGUCAGAAGAUUUAUAGAAUUUAUAGUUUUACUGAAGGCUAUAGCAGCAUUUUUUGUGUUGGCUUAUAUUCAUAUAGUUUUUUCACGAGCACCAACUAAUUGUUUAGAACAUAUAAGAGAUGAUUGGCCCCGUGAUGGUAUUUUAAGAGUUGAAAUACUUAGAAACGGGGGAGAAGAUUACAAUAUAGAAAAGAGUUAUGCAAAAGAAGAAAAAUUACGACAAGAAAAAGUUGACGAUUUAACUAGUGCGUUAGGAAUAUUAACUAGAGAUGGAUUUAUAAACAUUGAACCAUCUGCUGUUGAUGAAGAACGUGAUAUUACUAAUGCGUCAAACGAAGAAAAUCACGAUAGCUUAAUAUUAUCGGAGAAAGAAAUAGUUAGAAGUGCUACCAUUUCUGGAGAUAGACAAGAUCCAAAUUUAAGCAUUACUAAUACUACAACAAGUCCAUCCUUAUUUACUAAGUUCUGGAAUGGAAUGAAUAUAGAUAGUAAAGAAGUAUCAAACGAGAAAAUAUUAACAAAUGCAGGGAAUAAUACUGUAGUGCAGGAUACAAAUAAAUCCAAUAAAGAAGACGUUCAACCUUUAAAAGAUCCGAAUUCUGAAGUUAGGACAGGUGAUGGUUAUAUCGUAGAAUAUUCGUUAGAAUAUGGUUUUCUGAGAUUAUCACCUGUAGCACGGCAAAGAUUAAACAUUCCUGUAAAAAUCGUUACUUUGGAUCCUGUUAACGAUAAAUGCUUUGGCGAUGACUUCUCAAGAUUAAUACUUGAUGAACUCUUAGGAUACGAUGAUCUAUUGAUGGCAAGUAUCAAGACACUGGCGGAACAUGAAGAUAAUCAAGGAUUUUUACGAAACGUAGUGACUGGAGAACAUUAUCGAUUUGUAAACAUGUGGAUGGCUAGAACUACAUACGUUGCUGCAUUUUUCAUCAUGUUAGUUUUUACCAUUUCGAUUUCGAUGUUACUGCGAUACUCGCAUCACCAGAUCUUCGUUUUCAUUGGUAAUCCAUUCUUCACCGGCAAUAAGAUGAGAUACAUGUUCGAGUUGGUGUCCAAGUGCUCGAACAACUUCGUUGAUUAUUUGUACGAACACUCGGAAUUUCAUUCCGCGGUAGAGUUGAAAGACAUCUUCACCAGAUACAGUAACGACGUAAUCGCAACGGCAGCUUUCGGAAUAGAGGUGAACUCGCUGAAGGAUCCAGACAACGAGUUCUACAAGAGAGGACUCGAUGUCUCCUCCUUGUUCGGGGGUACUCUUCGUUUUAUGAAAUUCCUGUUGUUCCGAUUGAGCCCGCGUCUAACGAGAGCGGCGGGAGUGACGUUUCUGUCUCGAGCGACGGCCAGAUUUUUCUGGAACGUGAUCUCCGAAACGGUAACCGCAAGGGAGAAACGAGGCAUCGUUAGACCAGACAUGAUACAUCUUAUGAUGCAGGCCAAAGACUCGAAGAAACCUGGUUCGUCCUGUAUGACUAUCGACGACAUCGUAGCUCAGGCGUUCAUUUUCUUCUUGGCCGGUUUCGACACUGUUUCCACCUUGAUGUGCCAUGUCGUUUACGAGUUGGCUUUGCAUCAAGACGUACAGCAAAAGCUACGCGAAGAGAUAGACGGUUGUUUGAAAGCAGGAAACGGGAAAAUUUCUUACGAGGCUAUGUCGAACAUGGAGUACAUCGAAAUGGUAAUAUCCGAGGCUCUCAGAAUGCAUCCUCCGACGUUGAUAGUGGACCGAGUUUGCGCAAAGAAAUUCGAAUUGCCUUCAGCGGCGCCCGGUUAUCAAACUGCGACAGUGUAUCCUAAUAAUAACGUUUGGAUCCCUGUUAUUGCGAUUCAUCACGAUCCUAAGUAUUUCCCUGAACCGGAGAGGUUCGAUCCCGAACGAUUCAAUAAAGAAAAUAAGAACAACAUCGAUCCGCACGCGUAUAUACCGUUUGGCGUUGGCCCUAGAAAAUGUAUUGGCAAUCGUUUCGCGUUGAUGGAAACGAAACUUUUGAUAAUCCAUCUGUUGGCAAAAUUUGUUAUAAAACCUAACGAAAGAACAAAGAUCCCCAUUGUGUACAAGAAAGUUGAUUUUACGCUGGCCUCGAAGGACGGAUUUUGCGUCACUCUGGAAAAAAGAAAGUCAAAUUCACCGUAAACGCGUAUGUGUACGUUUUACGUUGACAAAUGUAUAAUCGAUCGAUUGGUUUUCUUGUUUUAUUCCUCUUUCUUGUUUUAAUCUGAAGCCGUUUCUAUCCUCAAGGGUGUGACGAUCUUUUCCACGGUUUCAUUUUCUUUAUUUUUGAGAAAGUAAAAUUCGAUUGAUUCUCCAUUGCGAGAUUAAAU